AUGGUGAAUACACAUAUACCUGAUAAACUAAGGUCCGUCUUCGCCAUGAUUCAUAGAUUGGAAGUUUUUCUGGAAUCUAGUUACAUUCCGAAACAAGGGGGAGAAGGUAUGUCACAAUCCAAGAAGGAAGAUCCCAAACCUUCAGCCAAGCACACUGUCAAAAGCAAAUCCGAGACUAAAGGCAAGAAAACCUUUUCAGUGAAGAACCUAUUGUUGACAACGGCGAAGAUGAAGAGCCUGAUGAAAACAAGAUCAAUAGAAGAAAAGCACGUGAAGUUGAAAUGGAAGAGCGUCAAAGAAUAA